AUGGGUAUUUAAUGUUUUAAAUGCUAAAAUGAAGAAUAAUAAAUAAUAACUUAGACUCAAGUUUAAAAUUAUAUAUAACAGAAAAAUGUAUAAUAUUAACAAAAACAGGAUAAAAAACGAUAAUAUAAUAGUCUAUACUAAAAUUCAUAUUUUGGCCCAUCAAAAUAAUAGUAUGAAAGCUAAUGGAAUCCCAGUAUAUGUGUAACUGCAAAGAAUGAGUCCAAUAUAGAAGCAUUUGAAGAAUCUUAAAUAUAGACUAAUCAAAAUAUAAGGGAAACUCAACAAGAACAAUAAAUACAAAGAAUUACAUUCAUUUCCUCAGAUCAAAUUAUACCAUCAAUGCCUUUAUUCUUCUAAGUAUCUGAAUAAUUAGCAAUGGAUAAAAUCUGCUAAAAUUGUAAACACCAUUAAAAGCAUCGAAUUAGAACUAAAUCAGAAAAUAUAAUAAAUAAAAGAUAGAAUUAAGAAAAGAAUUUUCUUGACUCUAAAUAUAUCAACAAGGAAUUGAAAAAGGAGAAAAUUAGAAUGCUUUCUCAUCCAAAUAUAUAAUAAAUUUAUCCAAAAAAAAAGUAACAUUAGAAAUAAAUACUUAAAAUCUUAGUUAAUGGUUAGAGCUAACAAAAAACUUCUACUCCUUUUUCUCAACAAUCAAAUAAAUCCAAAUCAAUGAGUCCUACUCCAAAUAAAGUUCAACUAUAUAUAAUUUGA